GCUCUUUCACGUUUCUACCGUGCGACAUGUGCACGUUGAUCUGAACUUUUCACUAAAUUAAUAGUUCUUGAAUUUGACUCUCAAGAUGAAAAAAGCUAACAGAAAAGCAACUAAAGGACAUGGAAAACUUUGGAAAAAAGGCCAAAGUUGCGUCUUUAAACCUGAAAUUAAUAAAUUUAGACAAGAAGCGAAAAAAAGGCCAAUGUUUGGAAACAGAGGUGAUGGUAAUCUCACUGAAGCGCUGCUAGCACAGCAUAAUAAAAUUACUUCUGAAAGUAUAUGUGAUGGCAGUGAAGAUGUUAUGAGUGUAGGUGGAGAAACGGCACUAACAGCUUACACCAACUGUUCUUUGCCUACUUUUAACAGAUUACAGAAAAAUUUUAAUCCUCGCUCUCUGAUACACAGAGAAAUGAUCGCAGCCCUUGCUGCUGUUACAGAAGUUUUAAAAGCAAACCAAAUGGAAGAAACUGAAACAAAUUACUUUACAUCUCUAAUUACUAGUCUUGAAAGUGUUGAUACUGAUGAAAGUAUGACAGCCAUAGUAUGUUUGCUUGCUAUAAUUGUGAAAAGAAUGGAUGAAUCUGUUUUGAAAUCACAAAGUAAAAAAGUGAUGGAGACUUUGGUUAAUUUAUUAAUCAAAUACAUGAAUUCAGAUCAUUGUGCUCUGUUACGGAAUCUAUUAAAAGUGAUGUAUCCCCUUCUAAAAGUGAAAACUCAUUGGACAGAAACUUCUCAGGAAUUAAAUGUAGUACUGGAAUUUGUAACUCAUCACAAACCUAAAGUUCGUAGAAUGGCUCAACAUAUAAUCCGGAUGCUUCUGAUGGAUGACAAACCAGAAUCUUCGAAAGUUCAUCCUUGUGCUAGUUUGGUUGCAAAAUUUUGCAUUGAAAAGCUUGAAAGUAGUGCAGGUGUAGGAAAAUCAACUCCGAGAGUUACUUUCCAUGUGAUGCAACUACUUCAAGAAAUUAUAUGUGCUUUUCCAACUUUGAGUAUAAAAAAGUGUUGUGAAACAAUUUUCAAGAUUAUGACAUUGAGUAGUUCCUUGGUGACCUUAUGUGGGUUUAAAGCACUUCAAGGUCUUUUUGAUUCAGACCAUAAAAAUCUGCCUGCUGAUUUAAAUGCACGAAUUAUUACAGCAUUGUAUGAUUAUCAACCAAAUACCAAAAAUUCUGAUUGUUUAGUUUGCUGGAUUCAAUUAAUGGAAAAAGCAUUAAUCAACCUGUACAGUUUGGAUGAAAAACUUUGCAUUGCUCAUUUGCCACAAUUUUUCUCUGCUGCUGUAAAAUGUUUGUUGAAUGAAUCUGAAGAAGUCAUGCUGACUGUUGCCAUUUCAUUAGAAAGUCUUUUGCGUAAUUGUUUCAAACAAAACGAUGAAGAUCAUAUAAAGAAUGCUGUACACAAAAUGUUCCGUUCUGUAGAAGAAGCUUUGGGUUAUCAAUACCAUAAAGCAUGGGAUCAUGUGCUUUCAAUCCUUGGAGCAUUUUUUGAGACUGUUGGAGAGCAUAACAAAGAAAUUAUGAUGAAGUGCCUCCAAUCUUUGGGAGAUUUACAUGACAGCUAUAAUUUCCCUUAUAUUCCUGCUCUGGAAAAAGCCAUUGGAACCGCUAUAGAACAUAUGGGACCUCGUACUGUAUUAGAAGCCAUUCCUCUUCAAGCUGAUGGUACUAAGCCAGACUUUCCCAGGUCUUGGAUGUUGCCUUUAUUGCGAGAUAAUGUAAAAAGAACAGAACUGAAAUUUUUCUUUGAUUAUUUCUUCGAUUUAGCUGUCAAAAUGAAAAACAGAGCUUUAGUUUUGGAACAAGAAAAAAGAGUAGUAGAAAGCAAACUGUUUGAUGUAGUGUGUUCUCAAAUUUGGUCUCUAUUGCCUGGGUUUUGCACAGAACCUACAGAUUUAAAAACUUGUUUGAAAGAAGUUGCACCCAUCUUAGGAAAGAUGCUCAAAAAUGAACCCUCUGUAAGAUUAGUUGUCCUGAGUUCUAUUCGAGAACUGAUUAAAAAUGAAAAACACAAAGAUGAUGUUGCUGUAUAUUCAAAAAAUUAUAUCCCCAUUUUGUUUAACUUGUAUCUUACUGAAGCUAAAAAUAAAGCAGAGGAAGAUGUUCGGAAUUCUUGUUUUGAAACUUGUAAAUUAUAUCUUCAGAUUUCUGAUAAAAAGCUCUGUUCAGCAUUUUUUAAAACUGCUAUGGAAAAAUUACGUUCAUCAGAACCUGACAGUUUUAUUUUACAUGGAUGUACCGAUUUGUGUAAAGCAAUGAUUUUCUGUGUAGAUGAAUAUGAAAUAAAAGAAUUAUAUGACUAUUGCAAACCCUUAAUUCAGAAUCAAAAUCAUAAAACUAAAAAGAAAGUUUAUAGUGUAAUCAAAGAAAUCUGUAGCUGUGAUUCUGAAGCAUGUAAGUCCUUUGUGAAAUCUCACCUUGAAGACUUAAGAUCAUUACUCAGUGAAGCUAUUAGUGGUUUGACUCCAGCCACAAGAGCAUUACGCCUAAAUUGUCUUCAACAACUGGUAUCACAAUCUACUCUGAAUGAAAAAAUUACUGUACUAGAUAUCAUCCCAGAGGCUGUUCUUUGCACUAAAGAAAACUCUGAAAGAGCUCGAAAAGCUGCUUAUAAUCUGUUGGAUGAAAUUGGUGAGGCAUUACAAAGAUUUUCUUCUGAUGAUCCAAAGAAUGCUCUUAAGGAAUAUAUUACAUGUCUGUUAGCUGGUCUUGCUGGAAGUCCUCAUUUUGUAAGUGCAACAAUAUUAGCUCUUGGAAGAGUUUCAUAUGUAUUUAAAGAUCAGUUGAAUCCUGAAAUUUUAAAUAAUUUAAUAAAUUUGAUGUGUGAACUUGUUAAAUCGCAAACACGAGAAAUUGUUGUGGCUACUUUAUCUUUCUUCAAGAUUUUAUUUGCUGCUUUGGAUACAAAUACCCUUGCACAACAUAUCCAGUCAAUGAUUACAGGUUUAACAAAUUUAGCUGAAGGUAAUCAACGGUCUUUGAGGUUUAAAGCCAAAGAACUGUUCACAAGAUUAGUUCGGAAAUUUGGCUAUGAAAUGAUUUCCAAAAUGAUGCCAAAGAGUUAUCAGAAACAGUUGGCUAAUAUUCGAAAAGUUGAAGCGCGUAAGCAGCGCAAGAAGGAUAUGAGGAAUGAUGACAGUGAUUUAGAAAUGUAUGGUCCUGCGAAGAAAACUGAUGAUUUUGCUGAUAUUUUGGCUGAUUCUGAUGAUGACAUACUUUUGGAUGAUGAAGAUGCUAAAGUAAAAGCUCCUAAAUCACGUACUAAAAAGAUAAAAGCUCCAUGUCUUGAAGAAAAUGCUGAGGAUGACAUUGUUGAUUUACUAGAUCCCUCUGCUGGCAAGCGCUUGUUAACACAACAAGACAACACACAAAAGCAACCCAGAAAACGAAACGACGAAUUCAAGGUAUCUGAAGAUGGACGACUUAUUAUUGAAGAAAAUGAAGAAGAAAAACCUAAACAAAAAAAGAAUAAAACUGACGAUGAUGAUAUUCUUUCUGGAUUAGGAAUAUCUCUGAAGAAAAAUAAAAGGAAACUUGAAGAAUCUGAUGAUGAUGAUGAAGAUCAAAAAGAUUCUACUUCAAUAGUAACAAAGGGUAUUUAUCGUAAUCUGAAUGCCAAGACUAAAAGGAAAAAUCCCGGAGAAGAAUUCAAGGCUAAGAAAGCUGGUGGUGAUAUUAAAAGAGGAAGAUAUGAACCCUAUGCUUAUGUGCCUCUUAAUAGACAAGCUUUGAACAGAAGAAAACAAGUGAAAGUCAAAGGACAGUUUAAAAAUUUUGUCAAUGCCGCAAAACGUGGAGCUUCAGUUGGUAUGAAGAGAAAGGCAAGGCAAGCGAGAAGAAGGAAAAAUAAUUAAACUGUACAAAACGUUGUUACAUUAAGUUAUUGAAUGAACUCUUAUUGAAAUUUUUGUUUGUAUAAUGUCCAUAAGAGCUUUGUAGGUUUUAAACAUACAAAUAAAGCUAAUGUAUAUUAA